AUGUUUGCUAGGGUUAAAAGGGUAAGGCAAAAGCGUUCUAUGUUCCUUACUGUAAUAGCCUUGAUUAUUGGUAUCGUAGUGCUGCGGAAACUUAUCCACUACAGCGUACAAAAACACCAAGAAAUGAGUGAUGAAUAUGCGGAUAGAAGGGCCCGGUACGAUCCGAGCCCGCAUGUUGACACACCCUUUCAGUACAUUUCGCCUGAAGUGUUGGAAACAUGGAAGUCGCGGGACUAUCUUGUGGCAUUGGGGGUUUUGUCUCCGGAUAUUAGCGUGAGGCGGAGACGCCGCUUCCUUCAACGCAUGACAUGUUGGACGUUCCCCGAUGUGGCUACAAAGAGGAAUAACUUCACUGGGGCCAUGAUACCAUUAUAUGUUCUCGCGCGGCAUCCGGUUCAUAAUUUCAAGUACUCAGAUAUAUUAAAGGAGGAGGCUCGUCAUUGGGAGGACAUUAUCACACUUCCCAUUGAUGAGGGUCGCGUUUCAACAAAUAAGAAAAUGGGAGAUGGCACCUUUUGGGGACCCGAGACGGAGGUUGGUAUGAGCCGAAAAACAUUCAUGUGGUUGGAUUUGGCACUGAACCUUUUCGGUACUGCAACUUUCAUUAGUAAAGCUGAUGACGACAUGUACCUUCGCGUACCACAGCAACUUGCCAAUAUACGCGUCUUGCCCACCCAUAAAUUGUACUAUGGCUACAGUAUGCCGAACCGCUAUCCAUACCAGUUCCGCUAUGCUGAUGGAUCGGUCUUCACCAUUUCCAGAGACAUCGCUGAAAAAGUUGUGGGUUACAGACCCCUGCGCCGUCUCGCUAAUCAAUCAUAUGAUCGCGCGUACCUUAAACAUUAUCUUUUGCUUUUCAUGGACCAUGAGGAUAUGAUGGUGGGGCACACAAUAUUCCGCGUUGCAAAGGACGUUACUUACGCGACCGUUAGGCGAUGUCAUUUUCAUAAUAUUUACGGAAGGUUUGAUGUUUCCCCGCUGACGUUCAACUCAAUCAUGCUGCACAAUAUAAAGGAAAGUGAAUACGCCGACCUGAUGAGGCAUUUCAGUAAUAUUAAACCAACUCCCACAAGGUACGUCAAAACUAGUGAAGGAAUUUUCUUCGAAUGCGAAUUCCACAGCGGCAGACCUCUGCAUUUGGGUGGAAGGUGGUGA